AUGGCAAGUCAAACAAAAGCCGAGAUUCUCCUUGUCGGUUGCGGCGGCGUCGGCACAAUAUGUGCCUACAACCUUGAAGUAGACUCGCAAGCCAACGUUACAGCCGUGCUGAGGUCCAACUAUGAUGCCGUUGAUAAGAAUGGUUUCUCCAUUUCUUCCAUCGAGCAUGGCGAGGUGGCUAGCUGGACGCCCAGUAAAAUCACACAGACAGUAUCUGGGCAGGACAACGUCUCGUUUGAUUUCAUUGUGGUCACCACCAAAAACAUCCCAGAUCAGCCGCCGACAAUUGCAGAAGUGAUUUCUCCCGCUGUUACACGGGGACAUACGGUCAUUGUGCUGCUGCAGAACGGAAUCAACAUUGAGCGGCCAUUGUUCAAUGCCUUUCCCGACAACAUUGUCCUAUCUGGAGUUUCGAUGAUCAGUGCAACCGAGACAACGCCCGGAAAUGUACGACAAGACGACCCUGAUAUCUUGAUCAUCAGUCCAUUCCAUAAUCCCCGCAUUUCUGCAGACAAGGAAUUGGCUGCCGCACAACGUUUUGUCGAUUUGUACAACUCUUCGGGCAAAGGAUCGUGCAGAUUAGAGCCCGAUGUUGGUGACGUACGCUGGCGUAAGCUCAUUUAUAACGCUGCCUACAACUCCAUCUGCGCGAUAUUGGAUUUGGAUACUACCUCGAUUCGUUACGCAAAACAGCCUUUGAACGACCUGGUCAGGCCUGCCAUGUGGGAGGUCUGGAACAUUGCGAAGGCUGCUGGGUAUCCUCUUCCACCGGAGAUAGUGGAAGAGAAGCUUGACAUCGACACGUGGUCGUUUUUCAAGCCAAGCAUGGCACAAGACAUGAGCAAGGGCAAUUUUACCGAAUAUGAGAACAUCGUGGGCGAGCCCUUGCGUGAGGCUGAACGACUCGGUGUUCCAGCUCCCAAACUCACGGUGAUUUACAGCAUACUGAAAGCUCUGCAAUGGAGGACACGAGCGCAAAAGGGUUUGGUAAAGGUUCCAAUUGAAAGACCUCAGUCCCUAUCUCUGUCAGAAGAUAGCUAA